AUGGCCACUGGACUAGCAACACGAAGUGUUCAACAACGUAUUUCACGCAUCAUAGAUAUGAAUGAUAAUUUUCACGGAACAGUCUCAACAAUCAGUGACUUUGAAAAAAUACCACUUGUUCCGCUUGAUAUUGCUAUAGAACCGUUAACAUCUUUGUUACCUAAUAUUGAGAAUUAUGCAGUACAUGCUAUAGAACAAUGCAAAAAUCCACCGGCGGAUGGACUCACAAAAGAUAUGUCUGGUGCAAUCAGACUUUAUUCGAUGGAAGAACAGUUCCGAGGUGAACCUCUAUAUGCUAUAUUGAAUAGUCUGCUACGGACAGAAAAUAAACAACAACUUGAGCCAUGGCUAUUCUAUCUUAAACUACUAAAAACUGCACUUUCACAACUUCCAUCCAUGCGUCAAGUUAUCUAUAGAGGAGUCAAAUUAGACUUAAGUAACGACUAUAGCACUGCGAAAAAAGUGAAAUGGCCAAGCUUUUCAUCGUGCACUGGCUCAAUUACUGUUUUACAGUCAGAACAGUUUUGUGGCAUGACGAGUCCAAGAACAAUGUUUGCUAUCGAAUGUUGUUCAGGCAGAAACAUUCGUAAUCAUAGUCAUUAUCCAUCCGAAGAAGAAAUACUUCUUCUUCCUGGAACUGAAUUGGAAGUUACUGGUUUUCUGAAACUAGCUGACAAUAUUCACAUGAUUCAACUAAAAGAAAUCGAAGCAGCUCGUCUCCCAUCGUCACUACUACCUCCUCGUGAUUUCAUCAAGCCAAACUGGGGUAAGAAAAAAGUGCAUAAAACUUUUUCAAUAUCUAUACGUCGAAUUAGUUAUUCUAGAAAAGUUCAUUUCAUUAGUGAAGAUGUAAAUUAA